AUGACAAUUAGUGCAUUUAAUGCGUAUCGAAGCUACGCUUGGGGAGCACCGGAAUUUAAACCAAUUGCACUGGAGACGUUUAAUAACAUGUACGGUCAUGGCCGCAACAUGGGAACUUUUCCAGGCCUGACAAUCGUCGACGCAAUGGACACACUGUGGAUCAUGAGCAUGAUGGAUGAGUGGGAAGAGGGAAAACAGUGGAUUGUUACAAACUUGCACGUAGCCGAUCUGGAUCAGAUGCUCAGAGUGAAAGAGAUUUUACUGGGCUACCUCGGUGGCCUUCUCUCCGCUUACGCUCUCAGUGGAGACCAAGACUUACUUCACAAGUCAAUUGAAGUGAUGGAAGCUCUAAAGCCGGCAUUCAAUAAGGACACAGGACUGCUCGCCUACAGGUACAAUCCCAAAGUAAAGUUCAGCACGGCUAAAGUUGACAAUACGGUUCAACGCGUCAGACUUCGAGUCGUAAACGGAAAAGUGGUAAACACUACUGAACCAGCAAGUGUCGACCAAGUAGCAACUGUCACAUCCGCUCCAGUGCCAAUUGUAGAGCGUGAUAAUGCAAACUCAAUUGGCCUUGUUGGCUUUCAACAACCCGAGCUCAUUUACUUUGCUAAUCUUACUGGUGACUCACUGAUUGAAGAGCAACUCGUGAAAAGCCGAGCGGUCAUGAGCAGCAUUGACCGUCCUAAAGGAUUGUGGAUGAGCUACCUUAAUGCGGCUACGGGAAAGUCAAACUUCACCGGCACAGGACUGUUUGACGAGACAACUGAUUUCUUCUACAACAUGAUACGGUCGUACGUUCAGCUGAAUCGACAAGAUGCUCAGCUGUUGAAGAUGUACACUGAUGCUAUUGAUAAUAUUCAGAAGAUGCAGUUGCUCAAGAAUAUUGGCAAUCAGCUGUUUGCAAGAAAGUUUGAAACAAAAGCUCUCCUUCACACUAAUAAUAUGGACGACACCAGCUGUCUUUUAGGUGGAAUGCUGGCUCUAGGAGCCAGAGAGCUGCAGAAAGCCAAUUCUCCAAAGUUUCAUCUUCACUGGCAGUUGGCAGUCAACAUCACCGACACAUGUUAUCAGGCAGCAAACAGAACUAAAACCAAGUUACUUCCUCAUAGUUUCACGCUGAAUAAUUCUAUUAGUACCGAAGGCUGGAUGGC